CUCUCUCUUUCCCUUCCAACCUCAUCUCAUUCCAUUUCCUCUGCAGUACUCAAUUGAUCCCUUUGUUUUUCUAUUCGCAAACUGAGAAAAACUCUUUUGUGUGUGUAUGGCCGGCAUAGACUUGGGUUCAGCAUCACACUUUGUUCAUCACCUUCAACGCCCUGACCUUGAAGAUGAUGAUAAUAACCAAGACCAAGACCCGAGCAACAACCAUCACGAGGGUCUUGACCUAGUUUCGCCAAAUCAAGGCCCUGGUGAUGUUGUUGCUCGUAGGCCAAGAGGGAGACCUCCGGGUUCCAAGAACAAGCCUAAGCCACCGGUGAUCAUCACAAGGGAGAGUGCAAACACUCUUAGGGCACACAUCCUUGAAGUUAGUAGUGGUUGCGAUGUGUUUGACUCUGUGGCCACUUAUGCAAGAAAGCGUCAACGGGGAAUCUGUGUUCUUAGCGGCAGCGGAACUGUUACCAACGUCACGCUCCGACAACCAGCAGCUGCCGGAGCAGUCGUGACGCUUCAUGGAAGAUUUGAGAUACUUUCUCUAUCAGGAUCCUUUCUACCACCUCCUGCUCCACCAGGGGCCACAAGUUUAACUGUGUUUCUUGGUGGAGGCCAGGGACAAGUGGUAGGAGGAAAUGUUAUUGGGCCUUUAGUGGCUUCUGGGCCUGUUAUUGUUAUUGCCUCGUCGUUUACUAAUGUAGCGUAUGAAAGGUUGCCCCUAGACGAAGACGAGACUCUUCAGAUAGAACAAGGGCAACCUUCUGGUGGUGGUGGCGGUGUCAGUGGUAGCGGUGUUAAUAACUCUUUUCCAGAUCCUUCUUCAGGGUUACCGUUCUUCAAUCUACCUCUAAACAUGCCUAAUUUGGCCGUUGAUGGUUGGGCCGGUGGGAACUCUAGUGGUGGAAGACAAUCUUUUUGAUGAUGAGGAGCUUCUUAAUUUUUGAGAGGGCACAAAAGGUGAGAAGUUGAACCUCCAUCAAAGGUAUAAUAUAUUGGUUUUUAAUUAAUUUUAUGAGACUUUCUUCGAGUUGUGUUGUGAACAAGUGCUGAUUUUGUAUGUCCAAGUGUCUCAUUUUCCAUUGGCUAGGUGAUGUUGUGUAAGGACUUGGUUUUAAUAUAAUUCUAAAUUCCUAGGGACAAUUGUAAAACAUUUCUGUUUGGUUGCUGGAGUUGUUAGAGACUAGAUUGUUAUUGUGCAUUAACCUUAAUUGUGGAAUAAUAAAUCGUAGUUAGUAUAAUCAAUAACACAAAUCUAUCUUUUUGGAUUAAAUAUGUAAUUUCUUUGUUUAUUCCAUGGUUUAUUAGUGUCUUAUAUAUUUGGGUGGGUAAUUUUUCUCUCCAACAUGUGAAACCAAAUUGCUCAAGCUAAGUAAUCAAGACAAAUUGAUCACUUGUCUUGUUUGUUUGGUAUUGUAGAGAAUAAUUAAUUAAAAGAAGCCUUACAUUAUUGCGUUUGACCAAGGGAAGUUGAACAUCUCUCUCUCAUAUAAUUAAGUAACUCCCACCAUGAACAAGUGGGAAGAAAAAACUAAUCAUAUUUCUUGGUUUUUGUUUCUCAUUCAUUAAUUCAAUAUGUAUGUUGUUGUGAAAGUCGUGCGUGUAACAAACUUAAUUAUUAAUCACUUAUUACGAAUCUAAAAAUUUUUUCAAAUUGGAGCAACACUUCAUACUAUAAUCUCAAUUCAAGAUUUCAACCAAGUGGUGAUGAGGCCCUAAGUAGUUAUAUGUAUGUUACAAUAAUUUUUGAAAUGUUUUAGUACUAUUAUUUGGUUAUUAUAUAUGAUGUUAAAACCAAAUCAAAACGCAUACAUAA